AAAGAAUUAUACUUUCGUUAUACGGAUGCAGAAAAUUAACAAUUUAUGCCAACCAAGUCAUUAUUUCCUAUCCACAUUAUUGAUCCAACAUAUAAAGAUAUAAAUGAAUAUGCAAAAGAUUAUGAUUAUGAUUUACGUGGUGUACCAAUAUCAAAAUGGAUAUUGAUCAUAAAUGAUCCAUUAAUUUAUUUAAAAUAUUAUUUAGAAAAUUACUCAUUUCUGUCAUAUUUACUACCGGUGAUAUUAAUUUUGAUAUUUUAUAUUUUAAUGAAUCUUGUUGAAAGUAUCUACUGUUUAUAUUAUAAAAUGAAAAUUACCAGAGAAUGGAAAAAAUUUACAGAUAAACAUUAUCGUCCAGUAUCAACUGAAAACAAGCCAGAAGAUAUCAAUCUUAAACGAUCGAAACAAUCCCACAAACAGUGUAAAGAAGGUACUUCAAAGGUUACAGAAGGACAACAGAAAGAAGAUUUAAUAGACCCUGUUCUUACCUGCCUACCUUAUCAUAUGAGAAAGUUACUAACAAUUACAAGUGAAAACGAUAAAGUAUCGAAUGAAACUAAUACAGAAUCAAUUGAUGAAAAAAUCCAGCUUCAGGAAAUUGAAAGCCAAGGUUGGAUAAACGAAUACAUAUCUAGAGUUCGUGUUGCAAUGAAACAAGCUGCAAAGUAUCAAAAAAUAAAACCUUAUCCUUGCGAAGAAUGGAAUUCUCUUGUGUGCUACAAUGAAGACGAUAAAGACCAAAAUGAAGGUCAGAAGAAUCCUAACAGUAUAAAAGAGGUUGGUUCGUCCGAAAUGAAAACACAACUAGUAGAUAUUGCUCACAAGAAUGAGAAAAAUAGUGAGAAGCAAAAACCGCUACUAGAAUUUCAAUUCAAAGGAACUGGUGAAUCACAUGGUAAAUUAUCUGGUACUAGGGAACAGAAUUCGUUAGCACCGAUUACACACAAAAAACGAAAUAAACGUUACCAAUCAAAACAACGCUUAAUGAAAUUUAAUAAACCGUUGUAUUUAGAAACUGAACAAGCGUUGUUUAAAGAUAGUGGUCAAGUAUCAAAUCUACAUAGUCCAUCAUAUAGACAGAAUAGUUAUCAUUAUUACUCAAGACAUCAUAAAAGGUAUAAACAUUCUGAAAAAGAAAUUUAAAAGAGCUGCAAAUAAUCAAACAAACAUUUGUUGCAUCAGACUUGAAUGAAGACUAAAGAAACUGCUAUAAGAAAUCAAUUUUUCCUUAUAAAUAAACAAAACAUUGAUGCAAGCAAAGAAGUAACGAAUACUUGUCAGUUGAUUCAUUUGAAAUAUUACUAUAUUAUUAUAAUAAUAAUACCAAGUAAAAUUCUUACGGUUAUUGGUGAAAUUACUUUAAUUUUACUGUAUAAACUUUAUGGGCCAAAAUUUUUACCAGUGUUCAUUAAGAGCGUCAACUUCAUGAAGAACUGUAACGAAUUUUA